CUCGCUUAGCUGCGCUCUCGCCUCUCGCGCCUGGUCCUCCUUUUCUGCCUUUGCUCAUCAGAGGGAGACGGAGGGAGAGAAAGAGAAAGAGGGAGAGGGAGAGAGAGAGAGGAAAGCAAGAGAGGGAUGGAACCGGGCGGCAGGGAAGCUCUCGCCAGCAGGCCGGGCCGGUGAAGUUUGGCCGGGGCUGCCGAGCCGAGGGGCAGCGGCAGUUCCAAUGGGGGUGGGGGCAGCUCAGGAGCCUGGAUCCGAGCGGGGAAAGUUUUUAACUCUUCGCCUGCCCGAUUGACAUCCUUUGGCUCCGCACCUUUUGCUAAAGGAGAGCAUUCCCGGGAAAACAGCUCGGAAAAGGAAGAAACCAAUCGAGGCGAGGGGUUUCUGGACACCUCAAGACGGGGGAAACUGGGGGGCAGACCCGCCUCCCAGCACCAUGCUGCUGCUGCUGCCGGCCUGGGUCGCCUGGCUGGGCUUCCCGGCCCCCGAUUGCUGACCCUCCACUUUCGGGGAGCGCAAACGGGAGGCAGCAAGAGGAGCGGGGGAAAGUGGAGGGGGCAGCCGGCGGAUGUUCCAUCCCCGGGCCGGGGCGCCCCCAGGCAUGAGCGAUGGGGGGAGCGAGGCUGGCCGACGCGCCCUCCUCCUGGGGGACCCCGGCGGCGCCCCGGAGCGAGCCCGGGACAAGGAGGCGCGCGCAGCCGCGCUGGAGAGCGCAAAGUUGCGCGGAGGGGCUCCUGGAGGAGGAGGUGGAGGAAUCAAGGACCUGACGGCGGGGACCUCGGCUGCCAGCCCCGGCUCCUCCAAGGAGUGCGCCCCGGAGACGGAGAGCCAGCCCUCGGCGGGCGAGGCGGACUACUGCCGCCGGAUCCUGGUGCGAGAUGCCAAAGGGACCAUCCGGGAGAUCGUCCUUCCCAAAGGUCUGGACCUGGACCGGCCGAAGAGGACCAGGACUUCUUUCACCGCUGAGCAGCUCUACCGGUUGGAGCUGGAGUUUCAGCGCUGCCAGUACGUGGUGGGCAGAGAGAGGACAGAACUCGCCCGGCAGCUCAACCUCUCCGAGACGCAGGUCAAGGUCUGGUUCCAGAACCGCCGCACCAAGCAGAAGAAGGACCAGAGCAGGGACUCAGAGAAGCACGCCACUUCCACCUCGGAGUCCUUCGCCACCUGCAACAUCCUGAGACUCUUGGAGCAGGGGAGGCUCCUGUCGGUUCCCGGGGGGCCCCCCAGCCUGCUCUCCCCUGCCCCCAACCCCGUCGGCAACCCCUCCGGAAACGGGUCCUCGAUGGGUGCGUCAGGGAACACUUCGCCAGGCCUGGGUGGCGGGGGCAGCCCUCCGGGGACGGGGGCCUUCAGCUUGCAGGUCCCCUCGCUGGCCGCCCCCUCGGCGUCCCCUCGGCUGCCGGCGGCCCCUCUUUGCUUCGGCGGCCCUUUGCUGGGGACCCUCCACGAGCUCCCCAGCGGAUACGCACUGGGCACCUCCGCCUUUGAGCCUUACACGCGGCUGGAGAGGAAAGACAGUGGUGCACUAGCCAGCAAGAAGCCCAGCCCUUAAAGAAGAGAGAUGAUUAACGAUAAUUCAUUCAUUAAUUAAUAAUAACGACGACGAAGAGAAGUGUCAAAAGGACGCCCCCCACGCCGCCGUCCCCCUGACCGCCCGUCCUCCCACCCCACCUCACACUGAGUCCCACGCACCCAACCCCACCAGGGGCUUCUCUUUCGCAAGGGUGUGUGUGUGUGUGUGUGUUCGAAGACUGUUUACCAAAUGUCAACCAUGUGAUGUGUGCCUCUGCGUGCGUGCCUGGGUGUGUGUGCGUGUGUGUGCUCCUUUCACGGAAAUUAAACGACAUCGACAGACAAA